AGAGGUCCCGGAUGUUGGCGGCAAGUCUCUAAAUUCAAAAUGGCGGAAUGCAUCGCAGAAUUUGUUUCCGAAAAAGUAAAUAAGAUUCGGUGGCGGCCGCAGGGUCCACAGGCACUUCAGCAGUCUGACGUCUUCGUGUCAGGAAGCUGGGAUAAUGAGGAGAACAGAGUUCGGCUUUGGCACCUGCCGAACACGCCGGCAAAGACAGAGGGCGCUUCUGCAAAAGGCCAGCUCCCGGCCAGGUCUGCUGAGCCCAGACUGGUGUGUGAGGUGCCGCACCGGGGGGAUGUGAAAGACCUCAAGUUCCUGGAUUAUGACAAAAUCCUGGCAGCCUCUUCAGCAGGGAACGUUACUUUGUACAAACAUCAUCACAACUCACAGACUCUGUCAGUUGGUCAAACGUGGGAGAGUCUACACCACCACAACGGACACGGCUGUCCCUGUACAGGCCUGGCCGCCACCUUACCCGACAUUGUCACUGUCGGGGAGGACGGGCGCAUCAACGUAGUCAGGCUGGAUCACAGGGCACCCAUCAGAACUAUAGACAAUGCAGACAGCUGUACCCUGAAUGCCGUGUCCCUUAAAGCAUUUGAAGUCAUCACAGUUAACUCUACUGGCCAGCUGAAGGUGUUUGACCUCAGACGACCCAGCUCAGAACCAACCAGAAUAUUUUUACUGUCAGGUGACCGCAUCCCGCUGCACUGUCUAGACAAACAUCCUGGCCAGCCGCACAUCGUGGCGACGGGAGGUCAGGACGGGUCACUGUACAUGUGGGACCUGCGGCAGGAGAGACACCCCGUGUCAGUCAUGGACGCUCACGCAUGGGACAUGUGGGAGGUGCUGUUCCACCCCACCCACCCUGACCACCUGUUCAGCUGCUCCCAGGACGGCUCCCUCUGGCACUGGGAUGUCUCCAUGGCAACGGCCACACCCCUCGCCAUGGCAACACCAACAGCAAGCACACCGUUCCCGUCCCGUGCGCCGGCCGCCAGUCAGGCCCAGUCCAGCCCCUGGCUUCUGGCCAACACAGGGAAACAGAAGGUGGAGGUGUCCAGUCUCCUGCCGGACAACAUCAUGUCGGUCAACUCCCUGGACAUCGUGGGCAGGAACGUGGUGUGUGGGACGGACGCAGAGGCCAUCUACGUCAUCAGGAACAUCAACAUUCGCUGACAGAACCUUUUCUACAUCAAGUCAACUUCAAGUCUGGGUACCAAAUUCCCGUAUACAAAAUCCGGAUGGUACCCAGGCUAAACUUCAAGGACAUUUGUAAAGCAUUGCAUUGGUCCUGAAGCAGGUUUCAAUGUAAUUUCCAACAGAAAAUAACAGUAGCUAAAUACAGUCUCAAAAUCAAGAAACGUGCACAGGAGCCCCAGAAACCUAUCGGCUUUUCUUGGGCCCUCCCUCGCUUUCCGCUAUCAUGCUUGGUUGACAAAAAGUUGCCAAUCUUGUUGGCAGGGGUGUGACCAGUGUUUGGAAGUAAAAGACUACAUGUCAGUAAGUUUCCACAAGUACACAGAAGUGGGCCUGCUAUUCUUGAUCCAAAUGAAUGCAGAGAUAAACGUCAGCCCUAUCACCAAGCACACCUGGUCAUUUUCAUCAACAAAAUCCAAAACGUUCAUCAUACAUUUUGAGAUAUCAUUGUCCUGAUUUGAUUGUCUGAAGAGAGCCAAGAUACAAAUGUAGGGAAUAGCAGAAAAUCUACUGUAAGAUGUACAUGUAUCUUUCGUAGUCUUACCUACAAGGAAUCUCAUUACUUGUACAGUAUGUUUUCUAUAACUUAAUAAUAAAACUCCUAUA